AUGUUGAAGUCAUCAGCCACUCUGUCACUCGAGCUUGUGGCCGCCCGGCACGACGAGAACGUCGAGAAGGAUGCGAUGCGACUUAUGGAAGAUCUUGCAUGCAAUGCUGAACGAAUCCCAGCGCGUGACAUGGUCAUUUCCCUUGCAAAAUAUGUGCCAGCCCUGAAUCUUGACAUUCAGCUUGAUGCCCUGGAUACAGCACAAUGGCAAGACCCAUGGUGUCGACCGGUGCUUACACGCCGCGCCGAGGACUUGCUUGAGGCAACCGACGUGACGUAUGACGAUGUGACAUGUAUUCUCACAGAGUAUAUCCGCCCGAUUUUCCAGCAGCAGCAUCGGGACAAGCACUCAUAUGGCCAGCGGGCAGCUUCUCAUCUGAGGGAAUGGAAGGAUGAUACAGACAUGCCAGCAUGGACUCGUACUGAGCCGAAUAGUCACGGCCAUAUUCCUAUUGGGUGUCAUAAUGUACUAGCCUGGCUCAUAUCCCAGCUAAACAGGCUGACUUCUUCUUCGUCUUCUUCACAUGCGCCAUUGCCUGGUCUUACCUCUGCGGCGAAAGAACCGCUCCGCACCAGUCGUGAAUGGGACCAGGUGUGGCCGCUCGUUCUGCCUCCCGUGAUCACUUGGCUCGAUACGCCCAAUCCGCGUGAAAAGAUUCUAGGUGCAUGCAUAGCGCAGCGUCUGAUACGCUUUGCGCCACCAGCGCUCCUCGUCCGCACAGGCAUUGAUCGCUUGCUUCGUGAAUCGGUAUCGCGGAUGCUCUCGUUCAUGACCGACGCACACCGGGGACCCUUGGUGUUAUGUACGGCUAUGCAAGGACGCCUUGCUUUGAUUUCUCGCUUGCCUAUGGAUCAUCAAUUCGAUGCACAGGCUAGCCUGUUCUCUGAUGCUGUUUUGACGGCCUUGUCAUAUUGUGCGCCUGCAUCUUCAUCGACGCAGGCACUUCUUCCAGUUGACAGUACACGAACGGCUACGUUGAGUAGUCCAAGAUUGCAACAAGCCCUGGCUUACACUGCGUGCACAUGCGCACAGAGCUUGCUUUGUCGGAUGGGUGAGCCAUCACUUCGAUUCUGGAAUGCAUGGAUGGACUGGGCCUGUGCAUGGCUCGAGCAUGCACUGGGUGCCGUACAUGCGCCGUUUCCUGUCCCUUCAGCGUAUGCCUGUCCUGCACGACCCAUGAGCGACAUGGUCGAUGAAAUCAUUGAGCAUGGCCACCUCAAAAGCGACUCGCAUGGACCACGAUCCGCAGUGAGCGACUGGGUCGAUGCUGGGCGCGUGCUCUUACAUAGCCUGCACGCUUGUGUGCAGGCCACACAGACUUUGGUUGAGUACGCGACGGACGCCACCGUCGUGGAUACCCCCCUGCCGACGCAUGCGCCAGGACUUCGCGUGUGGAUGCCGCGUCUAAUGGCGGCCGCAUGCAAAUGUUCUAUACGUUUACAGGACCUUGACAUCCAGGAACCGCCAGUCGUACAUACACGGGCCAGCACACUACUUGCAUCUCUACAAACGCUGUGUUACACCAUACUUCGCACAGAUGACAGUUUCUACACGGUACGUAUGUGCCUUGCACGUGAGGACGAUCUUCUAUAUGAACGUGCGCCACCGAGCUUGUACACAUACUGA